AUGGAAGCCCGGAGAGAAGGCCGUUCCAUCAGCCAACUUGCAUUCAUCGAGCAGGAGUCUGAGCGAUUCAAGGCGACGCUGCUAUUUGCAUCCAUCCUCCGGUCCAUCUACAACCACCCAGAUUGGUCCGAGCUGCACGCCUUCUUCACCAAGCGGUACUCUAAAAGCCAGACACUCUCGAACCGCGACGCGUGCAAGCUGACCGCGCCCGCGGACGCCAUCCACAACGCCGGCAAGACCGUGGUAGUAGACUUCAACACCGACCCCAGCUCCGUCGGCCUGCCCCGGGACCUCCCCGCCCAGCUGGCCGCAGCAUGCCGCGCCGCUCGCUCUACCCUGGUCGGUCCGGAUCCGCAGCCAUGCUCCAUCGGGCCGGCCAUCAGCGUGGCCAUGGGCGGGGGCGCGUAUAUGGGCCUGAUGUACAUGGGCCAGCCACCUGGUAAGUACCCGGAGCGCACGCUCAUCGCGGGCCAGUGGUACGGGUGGGAGGGCGGCAAGCAUGGAGUGGUAGCCGGCGCCAUCGCGACCACGAACAAGGGCGGCCGCGGCCGGAGCUGGGGCGAAUGGGCCGACCUGUGGCGCGCCAUCGCUUACUGGGUCUACGAGUACGAUGCGACGUCACUGGAGCUACACUUCCUAAGCGUCCACAGCUACAAGUACCGGCCGAGCGACCAGGAACGGAGAAACAUGGGCUUCGGCCUGAGGGUGCCGAGACAAUACCUCUCCACCGAUGCUAUUAGCGCCGCCGACGCGAUCCGCAUCGAGUGGGACUAUCUGGAGUUCGAGUUCGAGCGUGAGGAGCAGGAGGCCUUCCGUGCCCGCUUCGGGCGGAAGGAUGCGGAUCAUAAGAAGACACUGGAGGCCCUGGUGCGCCCGGCCUCGCUAUCUCACUGGGAUCGGUUGGACUAUGAGGACGUGAGCCCCGUGGCCUUGAAGCCCUGUCCAGACAGCUUCUGCGGCGCCGACUGGGAGGCCUGGCUGCUCUCUAUCGAGGGAGGCAAUGUCGUUGUCGCCAAAACGCCGUUCCAGGCGCUCUGGGCUGUGAUGCUCCUGUCCCAAUUUCCUCUGGUCAUUAAGAUUGUGAGCAAGCAGGUGGCGGACUUUUGGGCAAGGAUUACGGCCGGCAGGCAGGCGAGGCUCACAUGGUCACACCUCUCUCAUCUGUACGGUACCUAUCUUACCAGGUCCUCAAGGCCCGAAUCGAGCCCCAUCCUUUGCCAAACCAUAAAGACGUCUUACGAUGUUAUCAGUCUAAAACCUACCGUGGACCUCGAGCACUACAACAACCAGAAUAUGGAAGCCGCAGGCUUAGCGAUCGGCGUGUUCGGUCUUGCGGGCCUUUACAGCACCUGCAUCGAGCUGCUCGACGCACUGUCCGCCGCCGCUCGGUUUGGCGUGGACCGCGAGCUGCUGCAGACCAAACUCGAAGUAGAGAGGGUUCGGCUCAUGAUUUGGGGCGACUCGGUUGGGCUCACCGAGGUAACCCUCGACUCGUCCAAAUCGGCGGCCACCGAAGAUGACCUCGCAGUGAUUGACGAGUCAAUGCAACGGCCAGCCUUACGCACGGCGGUCGCCGGCUUACUGGCCUGCUUCGUUCGUGUGUUUGAAGACGUCGAGAAACUCCAAAAGCGGUACGGGCUAGUGCGUCAGCCCGAAAGCAAGAGGAAGGGCACGCCAGACGCCUUGAUGGCCUCUACUGCCCCGGCGACUGCGACGGCUACAUCAGCGGCGGCGGUGGCGUCGUCGUCGUCGUCAACGCCGGACAGGCCAACUCGCGCGAUCCUUUCAGCCACCUUCCGCAAGACGUACGCCAGCUUCCAAGACCGGACCACCGUGGCCCAGAAGCAAGCAACUCCCCUGACACGCGCGCGAUGGGCCGUGGUGGAUGAGCCCAAGUUUCGGGCCCUGAUCAGCGAGCUCAAGGCCAUCAACGACCCACUGAUGUCGCUGCUGCCGGCCGUCAGUAACAAGACCCGCGUUAGGAUGCGCGCCGAGAUCAUGCAGAGUAACGAUGUCAACCAGCUCCAAAAUCUCGUCAGCGCCGCUGACGAAGUGGCCGACCUCGUCUCGGAGACGGCGAGCCUGCGACUGGAGAUGCUCUCCACGACGGGAGAGAGCGUCCCGAGGAGGUUGCAACCCAGACUUGUGCACGUCUCGGACCCGGCGGCAGCACCUCGACCGACAGCAGAAACACCGCAGCCGACGGUCUAUUCUAAGCCCGAUAGCUUAUCAUGCUAUGCGUGGGUCUCGGGCCAGUGGGAGGUCCCCGACUUGUCCGAGAUCCAACCGGUUUUCCACCCGGCGUUCAACCUGGUGUUUAUCCCGGACUCGAUUCUAGGCGUGGCUAAAAACGUGCUGGAAGUGGACGUCGCAGCAGAUCCAAGAUACGCCGGGUGGUCUCCUGGGUCGACUUCCUUGACGGGCUUCGCGCGGGAGAUGACGUUUUGGAGACAAGCGGUAAAGGAAGUAGAACAGUCGCAGAAAGGAUGGUUGCGAGCGACGAACACUCCAGCACUCACCUCGAAUUUCGCCCUCCAGCGGUGGAAUUCCACCAUGAAGAACGGGUUAGGCGAGGACUGGACGGAAAAGAAAGGCCACGAUCAACUCCGCGAGCUUCUUGGGCCUAGCGACUAUACGUGGCUCGACCCAGAGGAGGGCUUCGAGAUGCGGCACCAGAUCUCGGACCUCUUGGCCGACAUGAGGAUGUCACCGGUUCCCAGCCUGGAGUCAACCGGCAGCAUCGGUUGCCUCGCCAACUCGGAUCCAAAUCGCGGCGGCGGCAAUUUUGGCAUGAUCGAUUUCUUAUUCCAGAUGGUGAAGGCGCGCGAGGUUACGCUGCGCAUCGCGCGCUCGCAGAGCAAGUGGCACGGUGGCAUCACCGCGCGCAUCGUCUACGACCUGGUAGCCGCCGAGCUGUGGAGCACCAAGCUGGAGUACAGGGAAGACACCGACGCGUUUCAGGUAACCAGACACGCAAAGGAGGAGCAGAUCGACGGCAUCGUCAAGUUCGCCAAGGAAAUGAAGUGGCCGUACGUCGACGAGAUCCACGACACGGCAGCCAAUCUGCGGGACCCCGACACCGAGAACACGGCCGGGAUCGACAUGUGUGUUUGGGACUGGAUAAAUGGGCUCUUCCUCCCGGGCGCUCUUUUCCAGUCCUCCCUCAUAGGUGUCUUCUCCGCCUUGUCGCCCACCCUGCGCAACUGCCUUCCUCGCGCCACCAUCCAGCCACGCAAAGGGAGCUACGGUAUCGUGUACCCGCAAGCCUCGUACUGA